GAGUCGCGCGGCCGAAGCGCUCAGCUGGCAGAUCUCCUGGCUACCGGCCCGGCGGGCGGCAGCGCCUGGCGGCUGAGCCGGAACCGCCGCCGGGACGCACGGCCCGCGGAGGUGGGAGCAGAGCCUCGGCAGCUGGCGAAACGAAGGUGGGAGAAAAGCUGCCUGUUGGAGCUGAUUCACACUGAAGUGUGAGUGACUGAUAGCCCCGUGGCUCAGAGGGUGUCUGCCAUGCUUAUUUUGAAGAACCGCAUCAGAGUUGGGGGGUUGGGGACAGCCUUCCUUCCACACAUGGGCCCGGCCCCUCCCAGCAGACCAGCUCUUCCCUGCUGCUCUGGGAUCAGGCUUCCCUUGGUGAAGUGCUGACGGUGGCUGCACAGGGGGUGUUUAGCCUGCCUGAGCCCUGCUACAGCGUGGGAGCCAAGAGCCCACUGCGCCUGUCGCCCUGCGGGACCCCGAGUGCCUCUCAUCCUCUCUCUGUGCCUCGGCUUGCCCGUCUGUCAACACUGGUGACGUCUGUGCCUGCUGGCCAGGUGGCCAUGCUGAGUAAAGUGCCCCUCAUAAGUGGCCCUGGCCUGGGCGAGGGCUCCGUGUAGGACUUCUGGAGUUGCGGUGUGGCUGACACAUGGGAGCUUCCUGAUGAGGCCGACUCCUGGCUCCCACCCACCCUGCUGACUGGGUCCCACCCACCCUGCUUCAUGGCGGCUGAGGAGAUGCACUGGCCUGUCCCCAUGAAGGCCAUUGGUGCCCAGAACCUGCUAACCAUGCCUGGGGGUGUGGCCAAGGCUGGCUACCUACACAAGAAGGGUGGCACCCAGCUGCAGCUGCUCAAAUGGCCCCUGCGCUUUGUCAUUGUCCACAAGCGCUGUGUCUACUACUUCAGGAGCAGCACGUCCGCCUCCCCGCAGGGCGCCUUCUCGCUGAGCGGCUACAACCGGGUGAUGCGCGCCGCCGAGGAGACAACGUCCAACAACGUCUUCCCCUUCAAGAUUGUCCACGUCAGCAGGAAGCACCGCACGUGGUUCUUCUCCGCCUCCUCUGAGGAUGAGCGCAAGAGCUGGAUGGCCUUGCUGCGCAGGGAGAUCGGCCACUUCCAUGAGAAGAAGGAGCUGCCUCUGGAGGCCAGCGACUCCAGCUCGGACACAGACAGCUUCUACGGAGCGGUUGAGCGGCCCGUAGACAUCAGCUUCUCUGCGUGCCCCGUGGACAGUGAGGACUACGAGCACGACGAUGAGGACGACUCGUACAUGGAGCCCGACUCGCCCGAGCCCGGGAGGCCUGAGGACGCCCUGAUCCACCCGCCGGCCUACCCCCCACCUCCUGUGCCCACGCCCAGGAAGCCAGUCUUCUCUGAUGUGCCUCGCACACACUCCUUUACCUCCAAGGGUCCAGGCCCCCUGCUGCCACCCCCGCCCCCUAAGCGCAGCCUCCCUGAUGCUGGCUCAGCCACUGAGGACUCCAAGAGGGACCUGCUGGGCUUGAAGCGGAUUGAGCCCAGCCCCAGGGUACCCACUGCCUCCCGGAGGAUGAGCGACCCCCCGCUGGGCAGCCCGCCCACCAUGCCCGGCCUCCGGAAACCACCUUGCUUCCCUGAGAACACCUUCCAUGAGAAUACCAGCCCCAGCCUGGAGCCCCGGAUCCCCAGCCACGGGGUCAGCUCUGCCAGCACGGCCACUGCCGUCUCCAGGAACUGUGACAAGCUCAAGUCCUUCCAUCUGUCCUCUCGGGGGCCACCCAUGCCUGAGCCUCCUCCCUUACCAGCCAACAAGCCCAAGUUCCUAAAGAUGGCAGAGGAGGUCCCGCCAAGGGAGGCAGCCCGGCCCGGACUCUUUGGGCCCCCUGUGGCCCCCAAGCCGCCUGCACUGAAGCUACCCAUGCCUGAGGCCACAGCCCGGCCUGCAGUCCUGCCCAGGCCAGACAAGCCGCCCCUCCCCCAGCUCCAGCGGUCACCCCCUGAUGGGCAGAGUUUCAGGAGCUUCUCCUUUGAAAAACCCCGGAAACCCUUGCAGGCUGACUCUUCACAGGCCAGCCCUGGUGGGGAGGACUCUGAUGAGGACUAUGAGAAGGUGCCCCUGCCUAGCUCUGUCUUCAUCAACACCACGGAAUCCUGCGAAGUGGAGAGGCUGUUCAAAGCCACAAGCCCCCGGGAAGAGCCCCAGGACGGACUCUACUGCAUCCGGAACUCCUCCACCAAGUCAGGGAAGGUCCUGGUCGUGUGGGAUGAAACCUCCAACAAAGUGAGGAACUACCGCAUCUUUGAGAAGGACUCUAAAUUCUACCUGGAGGGCGACGUUCUGUUUCUGAGCGUGGGCAGCCUGGUGGAGCAUUACCACGCCCACGUGCUGCCCGGCCACCAGAGCCUGCUGCUGCGGCUCCCCUACGGCUACGCCAGGCCCAGGUGACACCUCCUCCACAUGCUGCCGGGCAGAGACGACCACGGGGGCCCCCCGGAAGGAGACAGGCCUGCCUGAGAGGACGAUCAGGAGCCAGCACCGAGCUCUGACCUGGGGCCUCCCCAGCAGCCACCGUGUAGAAACUGCCAGGCCAGGCCCCACCCAGCAGGCUGGGUCCCCGGGGCUAGGCCGGGCUCUGGCCUCCAGAGAACUGGACGGGGCAGUGGGGCUUUCCUAUCCCACCCCAUCCACCCUGCCCACCUCCCAGCCUGAGCCCAGCCUGGACUUCAUGGACAGGAAUUCUGGUCCCCCAGCACGCCCACCUUGCACUGGCUGGAAGCUAGGCAGGGUUGGGGCAUUUGGGAUGGGGGCAGGGGCUGGCCCCAGGAACCCCCUCAGAACGCUACAACGCAGGCUCCGUGAGGGGCCAUUGCCACACAAUAAAGCACAGAUGACCUUUGUC